UUGUCGCGACCGUCCGUUGCAGGGGGCAGUCAGUGGAGCGAACUGCGCGAAGCCCUCGUCGAGCAGCUCGAGGCAACCUGCGGUGGUUUGGGCGAUGCGGUGACCACUGUACUGUGCAGCGUCGGCGGGAACACUUGUUGCUACGUCAAAAGAUUGGCGGUGAACCGCGUACCUCACUCUGGACCAGCGUCCGCCCUGCUGGACCUGUAUGGUAUAUCAUCGAAGCACAUCGUUAAUGCGGUGUUCGAGGCGAUGAAGCGUUAG